GUAAGGGCACUUAGUCUGGACUUUAUUUCCAUUUUAUUAAAGUACAGAAGGGAAAAACAAAAAACAAAACACACGGCAAAUAUGAGCAAAAUCCUGGUGGGCAUCUUCACUGUGGGACUGUGUUUCACCCUGGGCUACACUCUGGAGUGCUAUAAGUGUGACCUAGGAUUCUGGGGUUUGUGUAUCACCACCAAAGAGACCUGUCCAGCCAACGAGCUGUGUUUCUAUGGAAAGGGGAAGACAGCGGGUGUGAUUAAGCUGCAGAUGAAGGGAUGUCUGGACGUAAAGGAUUGCAAUAAGACGACCGAUGUUACCUUUCCCACUGAGUCCAACACCACCAUCUACAAAAUGACCAAAACCUGCUGUAACACCGACCUGUGCAACACCGCCACGCCGCUCGCUUACACACACACACUCCUCCUCGCCUCACUCGCUGCACUGCUCCUCACCAAGGUGCUGGUGUGAGGCAGGGUCUCUCUCUCUCACACACACUGUACAAUUUUUUUCCUUUUCGAGCAGUGCUCACCAUUGUCUCUGUGAUGUUUCAGGGUUUUUCUUUUUUGUUUUUUUUAUUUUAAUUGCAGCGAUAAAAUGUAAAACUUUCAUUUAAUGCCCUAACAUCAUUGUGUUGCUCGUUCAGUUUAUGUCUUGACGAGAUGAAUCCUAGCCUUCUGUUAUGUUUUACCUUUUUUUUCCCUUUUUUUGUAAAGAAGUCUCUCGGUAAGAUGUCCCUGUCGACACUGAAGUGUUAUCUCUCUUUAGGGGUUCAGUUAUGAGAUGUUAAGUUAAAAAAAAAAAAAUCCAUCAUUUUUAUAAAAUUUAAAUGAACUUUUGUGUUUUUUUUUCCCCUUUUUUUUUUUUUUUAUUGAUUCCCAGAAGCAUUUGAGCUAAAGGUACAAAAAGAGAUUUUUGUGCCAAAAUUCAGCGAGUGUGUAAACUGUUAAUAGAUGUAAUUUAUUCUGAUAAAUGCUGUGCAAAAAUUCUGACUUUUCAACAUUCAAGAUGUUUAAACUCUAAAAUGCCAAAAAAGCAGCUUUUUUUUUUUUAAACCUGUAGUUUUAGGUAAAUUUGCCAUUUCGAUGCCAAGCAUGUGUCAUCCUAACACACAAGCUCUUCGUAUCUGAAAGAAAAAAGGGAUUUUUUUUUUGUGAACUAGAAACAUUUCAGGGUUCAAAAUAUAAGAAGUAAAAAUCAGUCUGGAAAAGUGUCAUGUGGGGGGGGGGAAUGAAGUGCUUGAGAUGAUGUUGGCUGUUUUGCUUUCUGAUCAGGUUCUGGAUGCAGUUUACAGUUUAAUGUUCUCUAGCUGUCAUGAGGGUGAUUACACAAUAAACCAGAAUUGGUCAAAAAAAAAAUCUGUCCUGUCACAUGAAACUCAGUCAAACCAGACCACUCAUCCAGCGAGGAGUUAAAAUGUACGAAUAUUGUUUUAUACCUGAAAUGCAAAUUACUUUGAUGGUACGAGUGAGGAUUUCUCCGUCUCCAAGUCCAGUUCUGCUAGUUACUAAAGAUAUACUUCACAAGAAGGAAGUGAUUUACGGAAAACCUUCAGAAACCUGAUCUUCCUGAUGUUUGAAUCCGAUCCAAAAUCUAAUCUUUCAUUCAGCCGAGAAUCUCAGAUUCACAGACCACCUGAAGAAAUAAAGAGCCUUAAUCAAAA